CAUGCGAGGAGCGGUGCCGGGGAUGGCGCGCGCUAGGGAGCGGAAGCGAGAACGGGGAGAGCCCGGUCUCUUGAUACCAUGAAGGCAAUGAUAAUUGUGUAUAUUGAUUGAUGAUUAGGGUAUACAAGGGUGUACAUAUAUAGGGCAAUCUCGGUUAUGGUUUAUAGAAACAGGAUCCCACGAGAUUGCCCUCCCUAUCAUCUAGCAGGCUCGGAUGAGCCGCCCAUGGGCCUAGGCGUGACACAGCCCAGGCCCAGUACACGCAAGACAGACAAUCUAUUUGUCUAACAAGAAGAAUAGAAUAAAGUACAAAAAUCGAGUUGGUUUCAGAGAAGCGGAACCAAUCCAGCAGUCCGGCACACCCUAAAUUAUUACAUUGCUAGAUGUUUCGCGACCCGGCAAUCUACCUAAAGCCCGGAGAACCGGCUCAAGUUUACUAUAGCCUGCCUGGAACCAAGCACUAAUCUCAUCGACCGCCCAGAGUAACACCUCCUGUACAGUCCUAAGUUUACGGUUAAAAACUUUAUCAUUCCUCUCCUUCCAUAACAUCCAGCAUACUAAAAUGAUUACCGAGUCAGAACCACUGCCGGUCUUCCUUGUGAAUGCAUUUCCUAGCUCUAGUCCACCAGACGACUAGCCACUGAUCCUGAUUUGAUGGGGCCACAACAUGCACAUGCAGUGUGCCACAUUAUGGUGGAUGACUGAGUCGACUGGAGGCUUUCUGAAUCAUUCUUCUCUUGCUAUGACUAGUGAAUCUCUGUCCUUUGCUGGCUUUGAAUAGAAUAUAGCUGGGAAUCUCACAUUCGCAUAUCAACCUCAGUGAAAGAAUUUACUUGUGUUGAAUGAGGCCAAGCCAGUUGCAACCAAAACUCCAUUCUUUUGUCUCCUGGACCAUUCAAUUAUGGGUCUAGUAUCUUCAUAUAAAACCAUGAUAUGCCUUUGAGGCCCGUCUAAGCUACCGUCUGCCUUUCUCUUGUGUUUUGAGAUUGGUUCUGAAGAGAUGGGCCUAAAGGUGUUCCAUUGGCUGAAUCGGAGGAUGCAUCCUAAUACUGAGUACUGCACCAUCCAUGAGAACAAGGCCAUGGAGGAUAAGGAAGACUCUGUGCGUCGGAGUGUGGCUGAGAUAGACACUGAAGCUCUGCUGCUCCGUGAUGUGCUUCUUAACGGUAUACUUGCAAUCGGCACACUUGGACAUCACGUUGACUCCCUUUGUCCUGAGGCCUGCAUUGAAGAAGAUGAUUUACUCAUCAUGGAUGAGGAGGUAGUAGUUGAGGAAGAGAAAAAUGAAGAGGAGCCCAGGAAUGAGAAGGUCAAAGAAGAUGCUGCACUGGCAAUAGCACUAAGUGAACCAGUAGUCCCUGUUGUUGAGCCUGCCAAGAUGCAUUCAUCGUCGAUGAAAGAAGACAAUUUCUCAUGUUUCAUAACAGAAGAAAUUCUAUUUCAUGAGGUUGAAGAUGGGGGUGCCACUAAUAUCCAGGAACGACCACUUCUGAUGUUAGAGAAGGUGGAGAAAGUAAGAACUACACUUGCUGAUUUAUUUGCAGCAGAAGCAUUUUCAUCUAGUGCUCCAGGGGAGAAGAAUUGCCAGGAUAUCGUCAUUGUUGCUGGGGCAUCCACUUCGAAGCCUGCAUUGUGCACUGAAAAGGUGCAUCAAAAGAAACCAACGAAGCCAACACCAAAGCCACUGAAAGCCACAAGAAAAUUAAGUCGGGUCAUGAGGAAGAUGUUGGGGAAGAAAAUCCACCCAGAGCAGCUCAAUGGGCGUAGCAAUGCAGAGGGUCCUCUUACUGCAUGAUGUACUUAGCCUUGCCGACAAGUUUGCUUCCCUAUCUGGCUUCAUUGGAUCCCUACGACUGAGAUUCCUUGCCCGAGAGAAGCAUCCAUGGAUAGUUCGACAGUGUCGAAGUACCUUUUUUGUUGCCGUGUUUCUUCGCCAGUGAAGCAUUCCGCUUUCCCUAUACAUAUUCUCGUCGUUCCUAUUUGCAUGUAAAAAUCAACUGUUGAGGUGUGUACGAUCUUGUAAGGUGUCGUUCUCCGGCGCGCUGUCGGCGCCGCACUGUCCCGUCGUCGCGGUAUGUGUCGGAAAGAAAAAUUAAUAAACCUCCUCUGUUUAUCAGUUGGCAUGAUCAA